AUAACUGGCAUAAUGUUGGUGCUCCCAGCGCUUUACAUUAUAUAUUCUGAGAACGGUGGCAAGGUUAGCUCCAUCAAAUACAGCUUGUCGUGAAACUUUUUGUAAAAAGUAUCAAAGUAUCACGAACACAAACAAUCAUAAACCUCAUAUUGGACGGGAGGUUCAAGUUUAGAUUUAUGCGACACCGCAGAUGACUCUACGAAUUAGCUAACGUUCUCAGUACGCAUAACACACACUGCUUUUGAGCCAGACAUUACCAGAAAUAUCUGGAUUAGCUGGCCAGCAAACCACACAUAGCUUGUAAACAGACGGCAAGGAAUUGAAAUGCGUAUUCAUCGCUGUUAUGUAUGUCACAGCAAGUGUACGAGUAUGUUCCUAAAACUGGAUAAAACCGGACCCGGAGGAAACUAACCAGCUCCUGUCACCACCACCAAUGAGAGCUUAGGCCCCCGGCCUCUCCACCAAUGACUAGCCUCGGCUGAGGGGUGUGACCGCGUCCCCUCUGACCCCACCCCUCCCCGUGGUGAUACGGAAAGUGAUUGUUGAUCUCAACUGAUGACGACGCUCAAACUCCGACUCAGUACAGAGUAGCGGCGACAGUGAACAGUCGGGGACAGAUCUAGGCGACGGAAGGCCUGGUCUAGAUCGUAGUGGGAAGCAGCGUUUAGGCAAGUUAGAAAGGAGAUAAUUCCGCAUUUGAGCUUACAUCCGUCUUAGCCAAUCGAAUCAGAUUGCUCACAUUAGAUAAAAGUGUUACAAAUCGGCAGCGUGAGUGAUAUCUACACACAUGAAAAGAACAAGUAGGGUUAGCCGACAGAAUAGUUAGUACCUAUCUAUAGGAAAAUCAAAAUUCUCCUACAUAUACAACAAAUUCUGUAAUCGCCGAGUGUGGUUAAGCACUCCACUCCACUCCGAGUGAACAGCCAUGAGCGGGGGCGGUCGUAUUUCCCGCCUGGUGCGUUCCGGGUCGUGUCUGCUGCCGGCCAGCCGUACCCGGCACGGCUGCAGCACGGCAGAGCACGUCCACAGCACGGCCGAGCAGGCUCACAGCACGGCGCCCGCGGAGUUGCAGCUACGUACGGAGGAUGUGUUCCGGUCGAGGUCUGUUCGAGACCUGCUGCGAGCCGUGGCCGUGUACCAGGUGUGCGCCUUCGACAGGAUCGUCGACAAUAGUCUACAGCUGCUGCGCCUCGGCGAGCAGCUGCUGGGCAGCCGGCUGCUGCAGCGGCUUGUCUCUCCGUUCUACCGUCAGUUCGUGGCCGGGUCUGACCGCCAGCAGCUGGAGAGAACCGUCACGGCUCUCAGAGCAGACGGAAUCCGGUUCAUGAUGACCAGCAUGCUGGAGGCUGAUGUGGGAGAACAAGCUGCCAGCGAGGAGCAGCUGACGGCGAACAUGGAAGAGGCGCUGCGGCAGAUGAUGCUGGUCAGAGACAUCACAUCAGAGGAGGAUCAGCCGGCCAUUCAGACCAAGUUCACUGCACACAUGGAUGUCGAACUGCUGGUUCUGGCCUCUCGGGUGUUUUCUGCCAGCUCAGAGCCAACCGCGCUAGUGGAGCGUCUGGCAAAGGCUAUGGUGACCUCAGGUCAGGUCAUUGUGCCCGGUAUGACCCGGCAGCAGCAGAAACAAUGGGACGGCGCCGCUCUACGACUAAAAACGCUCGGAGACGCCUGCGCACAGCACAACAUGUCCCUGUUCGUGGACGGCGAGUUUACCUACACCAACCCGGCCAUCUCGUGGAUCACACUGGCUCUGAUGACAGCUCUGAACCAGCACAGGGCCGUGGUGAGGGGCACGUACCAAUGUUACCUGAAGGCCACGCCUUCCAAUCUGGAGCAAGAGUACUCCAUCACUCGCCAGCUGGGCGCCUGCUUUGGCGCCAAACUGGUGCGUGGCGCGUAUAUGGCGCGGGAGAGACAAUUAGCGCAGAAAGAGCAGCGACCCAGUCCGGUCUGUGAAAGUUACGAGGAGACCACGGCUAACUACACACGGGCCGUGGAGUUUGCGCUGAGGCGGGUAGCGGAGGACGAGGGCAGGACACAGAUCAUGGUGGCCACGCACAACUACGACUCCAUCGUACACGCACUGAGACUCUCUGCCAUGCUGCAGCUGACACCAGCCUCCAGCGGUCUCAGUUUCGGCCAGAUUUACGGCAUGGCCGACUACCUCACCAUUCCGCUCGCUCGCUCCGGCCACCGCGCCUACAAGGCAGUGCCUUUUGGAGAGUUCAGCACGGUGAUGCCUUAUCUGUCACGAAGAGCUGCAGAGAGCAGGCUCAUCCAGCAGGGUGUACGGCUGGAGAGGCAGUUACUGCUGAAGGAACUGGCAGGCAGGAUCAGUCGCAGGGGCAGGGCCAGGGAGGUAGUGGUGUGAAGAAGAGGGGCUCGAGCGCGUUGAAGAAGUGGAAGUGAAAGAGGGGAGCGGAGGAGAGUGAAGAAAGGAAUGGAAGCGUCAGGCGAGAUACUUCAUGGAUAUGAGGAAUCAUGCGUUGUGGUCGAUUUAUAGGGGAUAUUUCUAAAGGAACUUGCGUCGUGGAAAGGUGUCCACUCAGGAUAAGACGAGGGUUCAAACGAGUGAUUGGCAGGACUGAUGCUGGGGUACUCAUCUCUAGUAGCAGAUGACAUGAAGCCGUUGUGUAAGUGAUGUGCGCGCGGUUGUGAAUUUGUGAUGUUGAAAAGUUGGGUAAUGGAUAUGCUGCUCACUGCUCAGUGCUCACGAUUGUUUCCAGCCCAAGCCUGAUAAGAUGAUAUAGUUUGUUUGGAGCUAAAAAGUGAAAUGUAAGUAGAACACUUUUGUAUAUCAGCUUUUUAGGAACCAGGACGUAUAUAUUUCAGCUCUUGUUAGCGUUUGUAUGCGUACUGAAUUCACUUUUAACACGCGCAGUGGAAGGGUUGCGAGUACUACGCCCAGUGGAAGGGGGGGGGGCGGAUGUCGCCCCCCCCCUAAGAUCUCAGCUCCCACUGGAGCUAGAAAGACGAAAUUUGGAGGGUAGGUGGGGGCCAUGGGGAACUCUGUUGUGUGUGAAUUUCAUGACCCUAGAUCAAUAUCUUCAAGGUCAAAUGAGGUCAAAUGUGGUCAAAUCUGCCAUAUUAGCGACUUUUUUGCGUUUACACGCCGAUAACUCAAAAAGUUACCGGCCGAUUUUUUAAAAACUUUCACUAUACGAAAGAGCAAACAUUUGUGAGUAUGUAUGGUGAAUUUCUAGAUAAUCCAACAAUAAAUGUGGCAGUUAGAAGCCUGCUAAGGGUAAGAUGUCGGCGGCUGAAGCGGCGUCGGCCGACGCGGGAAACGCGGCAAUCACAAUUUUGUGUUUACACACUCAUAACUCAAGUUGUUACCGGCCGAUUUUCAAAAUUCUUUGAUCAUAUGAUUGCCUGUACAUUUCUCAGUCUUCUCACCGAAUUUGACGCGAAUCUAAUAUAAUCAGCGGUAAGGAGCGCGAUGUAAAGACGGAACCGUCCCGCCCCGGCACAGUCUACAAUUCAGGCGGCCGCCGCGCCGCCGCGCCGCCGCGGCGGCAGGAUGUUUGACUUUACACCGCUAUUACUAGAAAAGUUGUGAACCGAUUUUCUUACUUCUUGCACGAGAAGAUCCGCAAUUCAAUUUUGGACAGGUAGCCGAAAUUUCACAUUGAUAUUAUGCUUGCGGCGCGAGUCAUUGGCGAAAAACAGGAGGGGUGGGCGAAAUCCGCCCCCCCCCCUUCCACUGCGCGUGUUAACAAUAGGGAAUUGUAGAUAAUGUCAGUCAGCGUUGAAGAUAACGCGACAUCAUGAAGAUAAGCCAUGCAUGCAUAUGUAAAUUGUAUGCAGUCGCAAUCGCAAUGAUAGUACUCAACAAUCGUGCCAAGUGAGGCGAUACAACCAGCGCAUAGCAAGUGAUCCAAAUUCCAAGGCAAAUGUCAAGUCUCUCUUCGAAUUCAUGUCUUUCACUGGCUGGCACUGGCUGUGCGUAGGUGUUCCAUUGCAUACAAUGCCGGCCUACUGCAUUGCAUUGUUACUAUUGUCGCACAUUGUUAUUUGUAACUACCAAUAAACUUGACCACAA